AUGCAAGGUGCCGUCGCGCCAGUGUGCAUCAUCAGCGUUCUUUUUGUCCGGUCUUUGGCUUUCUUUGCCAUGGUGAAUGACACUAUCGACAUUGGUUCGCACAUUUUAGAUUUUGAUUUAGACGCGUCAGCGUCACAACAGCAACAAACGUUGCAGCAUUCCGCCAGCAAUAAUACGCUUCAAAUAUCCACUGCCAAAAUUCAACAAAAAGUGAAAAAUGAAAAACUGGCAAAGGCGGAUAAACAGGACAAACAGGAACAGCGAAAUUCUGUGAAUCUACAAAUUCUGCCAAGCAGCGCUGAGAAUUUAAGUUGGACAUUUUUCGAAGAAGUCUCUACAUUAGACAAUCAAUUGCGCGGCAAUGAAGAGCUGAGUGCGCCACCUGCAAACAGUUGUCACUUAAUGACUACCUCGCCCAAACAGGUUUAUGCGACACAAGAGGCCAUUGAAGCAGAGCUGGUGAAGAGUCGCUUGGAUGCACCACAGGAGAUAAUUGCGCGCAAACAAAAUGGUUUUACGCCAAUGACCAACGCACUGCCCAUAGCCAACGACAAUACUAAAAUAUGUGACCACAUUCUUUCGCAGCAAUCACCAGAUGUAAUACAAAAACAACAGCAGGACUACAAAGUGGCAAUUGAUCUGCAAUUGGACACAGCAAAAACAGCAACAACAGCAACUUUUCAAUUCACAUCGCCCACUGCAACAUUUAAGCGCAAAAAGCAGCAACAACAAAAACAAUUCGAACAUCAACUCCACAACAACAAUAACUGUUACAACAAUCAAACAGCGGUAAUUAAUAAUUCACUACCAAUAGAACAACAACAACAAUUGAAUUCAAAAUCACCUAGCCGCAUUAGCGUUCAGGGUGGCAAUGUGCAACAUGCACCAGCAACGAACAUUUCGGUUGUGUUGAAUGGUAUUGGGGCGCCAAAAGCAACGAAAGCGACAAAUCCGGCGAUUGUUGACGAUAUUUUAGGUCUUCGUGCAGGUGCCAGUGGUGGCACUGGUGGGUGUCACAUUGACAACCUAACAACAACAGCGACAAACAUACGCACGCCACACCACCACCACACGUUACCACGUUUUGUCACAACAACAACAACAACAACAACAGCAACAAAACCAUUGCCACGUGCUGCUGCUUAUGCCGCUGACAAACUCGAUUUAGUGGGCAGCCACACAAGCAAAUCGCCGCUGGUGGCGUUCACAAACUCACAACUAAACGGCCACAAUAAGCGGCAACGUGCCACUCCCAAGGUGAAACCGGCUCAACGACAACAUCAACAGCAAUCACGGCUACAACAGCAGGCGUUGCCAAAGAGAAUGCCCACAGGCGCUGCUGGUGGCAGUGGCAGUGCGAAUGGUAGCGGUAGUGGCAAUAGCAGCAAUUACAGCAACAACAAUAACAACAAUACACUGCACAAAGGUAACAGCGCAUUCAUGGACAGUUUGGGCGCACACUUAGAGUUGGUGGGGUGGCGUAAGAAGUGCCUGUAUGGCUUGCUAGUGCUGCUGAUGCUGCUCAUCAUCACGAAUUUGGUGUUGACGCUGUGGAUACUGAAGGUGAUGGAAUUCACAACGGAUGGCAUGGGGCAGCUGAAGAUAGUGCCAGGCGGCAUACAACUAACCGGUCAAGCGCUCAUAAUGGAUAUGCUGCGUGCAUCGACAAUACGCUCCAGGCACGGCCAGCCGAUAGCGAUAGAAUCAUCACGUAAUUUUUCAAUCAAUACACGUGACGCGAAUGGCAUGCUGGAGAAUCAUUUAUUUCUUGGGCACGACAAGCUCGAAUGCCUGGCGAAGGAAAUUCGCAUCAAUGACACCAAUGGACGAAAUUUAUUUUCUGUAAAUCAAAAUGAAGUCACAAUCGGUGCACACGCGUUGCGAAUUGACGGCGAAGGUGGCGCCAUAUUUCGGGAAUCCAUACAAACGCCACAUGUACGCGCCGAACCGGGGCGCGAGUUGAGACUGGAAUCACCAACACGUCAGCUGGAGCUGACAGCAGCAAAGGACAUAAAUUUGCAAUCACGUGCCGGAGCAAUCGAAGUGACUGCGCUAAAAGAUGUGCGACUGAGUGCGCUUGAUGGAAGUCUGCGCUUGGAAUCCUCCAAAAUCCUUAUGCCGAAUCUGCGUACAGCGCAACCGCCUUCGUUGGGAGCGCCACAAAGUCGUGACCAUUUGCAUCGUGUCUUCCAGCUGUGCGCCUGUUCGAAUGGCAAACUCUUUCUUGCUGCGCCGCACUCGAUAUGCGCCGGAGAUGAUAGUACCGUUUGCAGAUGAUUGCCCGAACGUAGACAAUAAAAUGAGGACGAAGUGCUCUCCGGAGACCGGAUGUUGAGAAAAUAAAGAAAGAAGGAGGAAUUAAUAACAAUUAAAUAGUAAAUAGAUAUGUAUGUAUGUGUAGGCACUAAGACUAAGUAUAGGUAAAAUCAAGCAGGGGCUAAAGUAGUAUUCAUAUUGAUGUAAAUGUUGAAAG